AUGCAUCACUACCUCUAUCACUACACAUUGAGGUACAACAAUGUACCUGUAAUUGUCUUUGACCUAGGUGGGGACAGUGAAGAAGAGGUCCCUGACCCAGGUUUGCACACCUCUGGUUCUGGCCGUGUCAAGGAAGGUUUGCGGCGCAUGUUGGAUAAUGUGUUGGAUGGACAUGCACAGAUAACAGAUUGUGCACUUGGGACCAAGGUGGCUGAGCUGCUGGCCCAGGGCCACACCAAACCCCCAGAAUGUAGUGAUGCUGAUACCAGGAACAAGUGCCUCAUCUUCACCACUGGCUGCCUCACACCACAUCAGAUCGGCAUCAAACAGAUACUGCCACACCAGAUGACUACAGCAGGGCCUAUGCUUGGUGAGGGCCGGGCCUCCAAUGCCUUCUUUGAUGCACUGGACCAUGUUAUUGACGUGUAUAGGCACAUCAUUGGCAUGGGCCUGUCUCCUGAUAACAGGUACCUCUAUGUGAAUAGCCGUGUCUGGCCUCCUGGCUCAGUGGUUGCUGACCCCAUGCAGCCACCACCCAUUGCAGAGGAGAUUGACUUGCUGGUGUUCGACCUCAAGACCAUGCGGGAGGUGAAGCGGGCUCUGCGAGCGCACCAUGCCUACACGCCCAAUGACGAGUGCUUCUUCAUCUUCUUGGAUGUCAGCAGAGAUUUUGUGGCCAGUGGGGCUGAAGAUCGGCAUGGCUAUAUCUGGGACCGCCACUACAACAUCUGCCUAGCCAAACUGCAGCACGAGGAUAUGGUCAACUCGGUAGCCUUUAGCCCCCAGGAGCAGGAGCUCUUGUUGACAGCCAGUGAUGAUGCCACUAUCAAAGCCUGGCGUUCACCACGCACUGUUCGUGUCCUCCAGGCCCCAUGCCCACGGCCCUUCUCCUGGUUUGCCAGCCAUAGGCGCUGAAGGCAUCAGUGACUUGAGCCAUUUGGACCCACUGGGGAAAAUGAUACCCUGUGGUUGUUUACUGCACUGGGGCAGAAUAGCUCACAGCAGUAAUGCCUUAGGAGGGGACAGCCUGACCCCAACACACUCACAUGCAACCUGCUCACUUAGCCAUCAGGGUCAACACUAGGGUAGCCUUUGUU